GUUCGAAUAUCAUCCAGAAAAUCCGCAAUCUAUUGAAACAUCAAAUGGAUACGUUAUUGCUUGGGAACCCAAAACAGAAAAGACAAUUUUCAAAAUAAAACACGUUUAAAAUAGAUUUAACGUAAGGACAAUGAGAGGAAAUGAACGAAUCUGAGAUGACAGUAAGCAAUUCCGAAGAGGGAGGAGACAUGAAGGGGGAGAUGGUGUUACAGGAGCCUGAGAUUGAUCUUGAGGAGGGAGAGUGCAGUGAUGAUGAGGUUCCAGAAGAAGAACCUGAACAACAGAUUGAACCAGUUAUUGAACCGGUCAAGGAGAGAUCAAAAGAAAAAGAGGAGAGGAAGGAGAAAAAGCAUAAACGAAGGAGUAGAAGUGGAUCCAAGGAUAGGCAUAGAAGUAGGAAACAUAAGAAGAAAAAGGGGAAGGAUAAGGAUAAAGAGAAGGAGAGAGAAGAAGAAGUGGAUGAUGAAACAGCCAAGAAAAGAGCAAUGAUGAAACGCAUGAAAGCACUGGAAGGUGUUAUGGGUCUAGUUGAGUCUGAAUCAGAAGGACGAAGUGCUGAAUCCAGAUCUCCAUCCCCUGGUUCCUUGAGAGAAAAGAGGAAGAGGGAUCCUAAUGAACAGGAUCCAGGACGGAAGAAAUGGAAAGGUCCUAAAAGUCGAUAUUGUAAUCUCUACCUACAGGGAAAGUGUCCGAGGGACGCCGAAGAUUGCAUGUUUUCACAUGAUUUUGAUGUGCCAAAGGUAUUUGAACUGUGCAAGUUCUACGUGUAUGAUAGAUGUGUGAAGAAGGACAAGUGCCUGUAUCUUCAUAAAGAGUUCCCUUGCAAGUUCUACCAUCUUGGAAUAGAUGUGGAACAUUCUGACGAGGCCUGCAAGUUUUCUCAUCAACCUCUCAAUGAUUUAUCUAGAAAUCUUCUGCUCAAACAUGUUGAAACAGCACCUAAAGAACUUCUCGGAGAUUUCCCCCGACUAUCACGCCACGAGGCUGUAACCCAUAUACUCAACACUGAAGCUAAGUUAAAAGAUUGGAAUCACUCUGACCGAACCCCUGGUAGUAGGUGGGAUAUGACCACAGAGUCUCCACUACCUUUGAACAAGGACGGGCGUGUACCGGAAUUUGACGGAUUUCUAAGUUUGACCGGGCAUGAUGUACAAGGCAGGGAUCCUUUCAACCCGCAGCCCCCAACCUGGAGAGGAGGGGGUGUGGGAACCAUGGGUAUUCUUGGUUCUCCUCCUAAAUCCAAACCUUCCAAACCUGCAGGUCUCAUGGAGAUUAAACUUAAUGAAAACGUGAUACGAAAGUUCUUGUCAAACCAGAGAAUGAAAAGUGAAAAUAAAUCCGAGGGAAGUGAUCAGGAUAGAGAAGCUUCGUGGGAGAGGGAACCAGGAGGAGGAGGAGACGAAACUCCAGAGAUAACUCCCCCAGUAUCUCCUGCCCAGGAUUGUGAAGACUCUGAAUAUCCAGAAAUGCCAAAAACUCAAUUAAAACUAUAUCAAAGGAUUCAACAGAAAGUGAAAAAAGAAUCUACUGUUUCUGAAACUAAAGAUUGGGAACCAAAGCAAGAUUACUAUUAUAGUGAUGAUGAAAAAGAUUCAAGUUUGCUUAAGAAUGUUCUCAGUAACCUUAAAUCGGAGAAAUCGGAAUCUCCCGAAUCACAAGGAACCUCGCUUCCCCUGGAGCUAACAAGCAUGUUGAAUUCUAUAGGAAAGAACAGUCCCAAAACGGGCAAUAUUUCUCCAACCUUCAACAGUCAUGUUAGUCAAAAGGAUGAGAAGAAAGACCCAAGAACUGGCAUGGUCGGUCCAAGGAAAGCCAGAGAAGCCCGGAAAGAGGAAGAAGAACGGCUGGAACGAGAAAAGGAUCAGAGAAUCCUAGAUCUUGAUCUUGGUUCAGUUUUCGAGGAUCUAGAUCUUCCUAUGCUCAACAUGAGCCCUAAACAGACGGAAGAAGAGAAAUAUUUGUCUGAUAGACUAGGUCUUCCUUUUAAACCUCAUAUUUAUAACGUUGCCAAAGAGAUUGAUGCAAGUAUAAACUCCCAUCCUCCAAUGGAUUGGAAUCUUGUCUCCGUAGAUGUUUUGCCAAGAGAUUAUUCAACCAUUAAGCAUCAUUUCUCCGCCAGUCAAAUAGAGCUUGAUCCUAGACUCCGACGGUUCGGAAAAUCUGGAGUUGCCAAGAUGAAAGAUUUACCUCUUCCCAACAUGCCAGCUCCGAAAUCUGAUCCUCGGUUAAAAGGAAAGACGGAUCCAAGGAGACCUCCUAAUACUGAGACCCGGAGAAGAUCUAGCGAGGAUAGUGAUGGAAACCAUGUUUACAACCCUGCCAGAGAACUCAAUAAAGAGAGAUCUGUGCCUGGGAAUCCUGGGUUUGGUCGCCAGAACUCCAGGUACAUCGAACAGCAGCCCAUAGAUGAAACCUUUAGUCCAGGAAUGGAUUACAGCGAGGAGAACUACCCUGGAGCACAGGAUCAAUAUGAGAACCAGGAAUAUUUUCAAAAUCAGGAUCAAUUAAAUCCUAAUAUGCCAAUGGAUUAUGAUGAAUCUGGAGAACCCAUGAACUCCGGGUUUCCAGGAAACCAGAAAAUGACCUUUGAACAAAUGCAGUUCUCAAUGGGGAUGUUUAAAGGUAUCCAGCAGAAUAUGGAGACCAUGUUACACCAGGGACCAGGCAGGGAUCCCAGGAUGCGACCCGGUUUUAAUCCGAAUCGUUUUCCCGGAUUUCAUAACCGGGGGUUCCCACCGGGCGGUCCGGGACGGGGGCAGUGGAACCCCAGGUUUGGUAGGGGAGACUUGAGGGGUCAUCCGGGGGGAAGGGGAGGGAUAAACACCCUUAGUACCAGGGAUCCUAGGGUUAAAUAGACAAAUGUCUAUUGAAAUUAAACUCGAGGUUUUCUAACCGCUGUGAUUCUAAUAUUAAUAUUAUUUAAGAAUAUAUUUUGAAAUCUGAA